GGACGGCAGCGCCACCACCGCCAUGUCCCCGAGGGCCACCCGCACCCUCCUGCUGCUCGCCGGGCUGCUCGCGGCGAUGGGAGUGUCGCGGGUGUCCCCGAUCCACGUGUACACGGCGCGGGAGGUGUACGGCACCGUGGGCUCGCGGGUCACCCUGUCCUGCAGCUUCUGGUCCAGCGAGUGGAUCUCCGAGGACAUCUCCAUCACCUGGCACUUCCAGGCCGAGGGGUCCCGGGACAGCAUCUCCAUCUUCCACUUCGCCAAGGGCCAGCCCUACAUCGACGACGUGGGGAGCUUCAAGGAGCGCAUGGAGUGGGUGGGGAACCCGCGGCGCAAGGACGGCUCCAUCGUCAUCCACCGCCUGGAGCCCACGGACAACGGCACCUUCACCUGCGACGUCAAGAACCCCCCCGACAUCGUGGGCAAGUCCUCCCAGGUCACCCUCUACGUGCUGGAGAAAGUGCCCCCCCGCUACGGCGUCGUGCUGGGCUCGGUGGUGGCCGGGGGGCUGCUCGUGGUGGCCGCGCUGGUGGCCCUGGGCUACGCCACCCGCUCGUGCUGGCUGCGGCGCCAGGCGCUGCUGCAGCGACGCCUCAGCGCCAUGGAGAAGGGGAAGCUGCAGCGCUCGGGCAAGGACGGCUCCAAGCGCAGCCGCCAGGCCCCGGUGCUCUAUGCCAUGCUGGACCACGGCCGGGCCGCCAAGAAAGCCAAGGGAGCCCCCGGGGAUUCCCGCCGGGAUAAGAAAUAGCGGUGGGAGGGCAGGGAGGGUCCCGCGCCCCCCCCGGCCCCGCCCCGGCCCCCCAAAGUCGUCAUGACCAUCGAGAUGGAGCUGCGGGGGGAAGGGGGGGCCGAGCCCGCCCCGGAGCCCCCCGCCCGCUCGCCCAGCAGGGGCAGCCUGGGGAGCGCCCUCAGACACAUCAUCCACCCCAACUCGGGGGUUUGACCCCCACACCCGCCCACGGCCCUCCCCCAGCACCCCCACACCCCACCCGGGCUCGGGACCCGGCGAGGAGCGGGGUGUGGUCCUCGCCAAGGGUCCCCCCCGGCUUUGGGGACACCCCCGGGGUGGGGGUGGUGGGGGGUGGGGGGUCCCGUCCCUACCCAGCCCCCGGCACGGAGGGAAUUCCUCUCUUGGGACACUCAAAGCCACCACCGGAUUUU